GCACGAUCAAUUGCCAAUUCCACAAGGAACAGCGACGGAAAGCUAGAAGGGUAGACGACUACUACCAUAGCACGAUUUCCGCCGAAGAAUGCAUAGCAAAGAACUGCAGAAUGCAUAGGGCCCAAGUACGGGAAACGCCAGUAGAGCACAGUAAACUCCUAUGGACGCAUUGCAGGAAAGGAUGCGCUAUGCACCAACAACAGUUCGAGGAUGCUCGACAGGUAGACAACCACUACCAUAGCACCCUACCAGCGAACAUUUGUGAGGCAAAGGAUUGCCCGAUUCACAAGAGCAGGAAGCCGGAACCAAGGAAGAGGACCACGCAACGAAAGAUGCCCCAUGAGAAUAUCCAUUGGAGCUUCUGCUACAACGACCAGUGUACGAUACACUAUUCCGCCAAGGCAGGCGAAGGCUACUUCCCAAAAAAGAAGGGAAGCAGGCAGUCAAAAAACUAGGAUGCCACCAGGGACAGGGUCACGCUGGCAAAGGCAGUCCUAAAACGACCCUUAGACAAGUACAGGAAGUGGGAGCAAAAGAAUUGCAAUUGAAAGCCACAGUACUUGU